AUGCAGCUGACGGCGGUGCUCCACUUCACUGACGCCACCAUCCGCGCGCACGACGCCGCGCUCGUGCACCGCCACCUCGUCGGCGCGCAGCCAACGCUCGCAGGGGCGGUGGAGGCUCUGCUGGGGCUGGCGCAGCGCGUGCACGCCUCGGAUGCUGACGUGCUCGCAGCUCUCGUGGACGCUCUGGCUGACGUCAGGCUCUGCUGCGGCUGUGCUGCAAAUCGGCAGGCGGCGGCACGUUCAGGGCGUGGAGGAACCUGCGCGUGGAGCCGCAGGAGGCGCUCAACUGCAUCCUCGUCCCCGCGGUACGCGCGCACGCUGCCCUCACGGCCUCACUCCGCUUGCCCUCAAGCAUUCGCCAGCACGGUGGCGGCGCAUCCGUCGCCUCUGGUGCGCGCGGAGUCCAUCGCCGUGCUCCAAGCCUUCGCCUCGCUGCAUGCGCCGUCCACGCGCUCCCACCUCCCCCUGCUGCACGCCGCCGCGCGCGAGUCCGCGCACCGCGGCGUGCAGAUGGUGGCCGUGGACGUUGAGGCGGUCAAGGAGGACGUGCAGCGCAUAGGACGACAGGUGGAGGGGGAGGACGAGGGGGAAGCGGAGGGCGUGGUGGGCGUGGUGGGCAUGGUGCGCGGUGGGCGUGCUGUGCGAGGGGCUGUGCAAGCUGCUGCUGGCGGUCGCGUGGCAGCGUCGCGGUUACUGCUGCCAGUGCUGCUGCAUUUGUGGCUGCACAAGGCGGCAGCAGCAGUGAGGCAGCCUGCAGUGCGUGCCUCGCAGCUGCUGCUCUCCGUCAUGCUCGCGCAUGGCGCCCACGGGCUUGUGGAGGUGCCACUCAGAGCCUCCCAGCAGGACGACGUCAAAUGCCUUGGCAUCGUUGCUCAUUGA